AAGUUAUAUUGCAAAUAGAUUGGAAUAUAUCACGAUUUAGAAUCAGAUCAAUCUUUGACGAUCGGUAAAACAAGAUGCUUAAAUUUCGUUGCGAUGUAGAAACUAUAGUUGAAAAGACCUAUAAUUUGCUUCACACCAAAGUAUUACGACAAAUCAAAGGACGUGAAGGUCAAGAAAGAGAUGAUAUUAUUCAACUCAUUGAAGAAUUAACUAUCAAUCAUGAUUGUUGCAAAUCUUGGAUAGGAGGUGAUGUUACUUCGACUCGAGCUCAAUUAAUCCAAUCGAUAUUGAACCAAAGACGAGCCAGGAUUCCAACUCUGGAUAUCUUUAUAUUACCAACAAAAAACGUAGUUAUCCCUCUAGUGUCGAAAAGUAAAUUGAAGAAGUUUUGUGUUGUAAAGAAUAAUAUACUAUCAGUUUACGACAAAGAGGAUUCCCUGGAAGUUAAUCAAACUUAUCCAAUUGGAAAAGGAGGAGGGUACGAAAUGAAGAACUAUAAAGAAGACAAGAAGAAAGCGACAUUCGAUUUUGUAUCUCCCGGAAAUUAUGUUAUAAAGUGUGAGACAGUCAACAGAGAGGAUGGACCACUGUGGAAACGUCUGUUAGACCCUGACAACGUGCUAUUUGAGAGAGCAGAAUGUACUAAUUCAGAUAAUCCAAGUUCCCAAUCCGCGGACCCUGAGAUUAUGGAUGAUUACGAUGACGGAAAUUUUAUAAACUCCAAUUUGAAAAGAACAGAUGACAUUGAAGACAAUAUUUAUUACGAUGUUCAAACAGUUGUCACUCAACCAACGGAAAAGAAAUCUCAUUUGACCAAUCCUACUACAGCUCAGGAUGAGGAAGAGAGCUUGAGAGAAGACGACUGUGAAAAUCUCUAUCAUGCUAUUUACGAUAGCUGUUGUGAUGCACAGGAUCAAUUGAUAUUUAAAAGAGGUGAUAUUAUAAAAAUAGGAAAAGAUUAUGGUGAAUGGUUAGUUGGCUACAUGAAGGGUACAUAUGGACUGGUUCCUAAGAGUUAUCUAAGGCCAGCCUAUCAAAGAGUAUAA